CAUGACAGACUUCAACACGUGGCAAACUUUUUUUGAUUUGUUGUUCUUAUAAUGUCACAAAUAAAAUUAAAUUUGGUUUUUAACAUGCAGCAUACUUAGGAGCUUUUAAUCUGUCAAUAAUCGCGAUAAUUGGAUUAAAUGAUGAUUGAAAUUAGACUGUUUGCAGGACAGUCACAGGACUUAAUUGUGUUCUUUUUCGUAGCCAUUUCCCGAAUUAAUUAAACAAUAAUUUGCUCACAUUGUUUUCAAAAUGGACGUGAUACGAACUUUAUUCUCUUGUCUGACCAGUAUCAUUUGGUCAUUUUAAGUAUUGAAUUUCUUUGUGCAAGAAAAAUAUAAAAAUGGACAUAAAUAUGAUACUGUAAGAAAAUAAUAUCUCAGUUAACUUUAGAAAGACUUGGCAUAAAGGGCAAGCACAGUGAUGUGGAUACCAGUGAAACUGAAAGUUCCGCGAAAAAAGAUAGGACUGUGUGGAAUGAUUCUUGGUGUAGGACAUUUCCGUGGCUUGAAAAAGUUAUUGAAAAGGACAGUGUGAAAGCUAUAGACGUGUUUGUGGUGUAAAGAGGUGAAAAGGACAAAUUCUAUGGCAUCAACUGGUGGUUCACCAAAUCUGCAGAGUUCUGCAUUCAGCUACAUGUAUCAACACCACACUAGAACAGAAUUUAGAUGGAUCAGAAUAUUGCACAUUCACAAUUUAUUGGUUUAAUUAUGGACGAAAGCACACCAUUCUGAGUCAGAUAUUACAGUAUAAUUUAAGAAAUCAAAUGUUUAUGUCAAAUGUGUUGAUGGUGACAACAAAUCAGUAAUUCAUUUCCUUGAUUGCAAUGAUGUCCAAGCUGAUGACUUUCGCCAGUGAUGGUGCUUCAGUUAUGAAUGGCCCGAAAAAUGGUGUUGAUGUAAGGCUUAAAGAAUACACCCAGAAAUGAUUCAGAUCCACUGUGUUGCGCACAAAUUAGCAGCCCUAGCAGCUGGUCAGGCUUGCAAAGACAUUCUGCUUCAUAACCCUUACCAUACUAGACAUGAUUGGUUUUGCCUUUGCGACCAGUGUAGAUCAUGCAGUCUGAUCAUGAUCUGCACUGUUCGCUAUUCAGCCAAUAUCUUUUUGUUUAAAUGGAUCUGAAUUGAACUGCCAUCAAAGGGGAUCAUAAUGAUGGCUUCUGUAGAUGGGAACUGGAAUGUACUUGCAAUUCUAUGAUAUUUUGAAAAAGAUUAAUUGGCACAUGAUAAAAGUGUAUGUAAAUGACAAAGCUGUGUAAAAAUGGGUUGGUCUACAAAGAGGCGUAUUGUGGUAGCAAAUGUUGUUGGAUGGGGGCUUGCUAUUAUUGGGGCUGUUAUGAUACCAUUGAUGGAAUAUAUUAUCAAGAAAAAGGUAGAAGAUACUGUAGUUAUCCGGAAGGGAGGACCUGUGUAUGAAUACUGGGAGGACCCUCCAGUUCCGGUGUACCUGCAGAUCUACAUGUUCAACAUUACCAAUCAACAGGAAUUUUAUGAUGGACAGAAACCUAGUCUGAAUCAAGUAGGCCCAUACACAUACAGUGAAAGGCGAGUCAAGUUCAAUAUCAUUUUCAAUGACAAUGGGACUGUAUCAUAUAGACAGAAGAGAAUUUUCACGUUUCUACCUGAAAUGUCACAGGGUAAAGAAUCUGACAUUUUCCUUUCACCUAAUCCAGUUUACUGGGCCUUGUACAACGCCUUAAAAUAUGAAGAUCCAAAAGUGCGAGAAGCUAUUUACGCAGCAACUCAGCUGUUUGGGGAGCAUCCUUUAAUGGCACGACCGAUGAAGGAGCUGAUCUGGGGCUACCAUGAUCCCUUAUUGAAUGUGACAAAAGUAAUAGAUCCGAACUGGUUUUAUACAGAUUAUAUUGGAUUUUUUAUGAAUAAAAACAACACAGAUGAUGGUGUAUAUACAGUAUUUACAGGUGCUAACAAUAUAUCUGCUCUUGGUAUCAUAGAUAAAUAUAAUGGAUCAAGUUACCUAGAUUUUUGGACUACUGAAUGGGCUAAUAUGAUAAAUGGAUCAGAUGGCACUCUUGGUCCACCAUAUUUACCGAAGAGUGAAAAAAUGUAUACCUUUGCUUCUGAUAUUUGCAGGAGUGUACCUGGUAUAUUCUAUACAGAAGUACAAACUCCACAAGGUAUAGGUCUGUGGCGGUUUGGAGCUGCACCUGAUGGUCUUGCCAAUGUUACACUUAAUCCAGACAACAUAGGUUUUUGUACACCCGCACGAGAAAAUUGUUUAGGAAAUGGUGUAGUCAAUAUUACAAGGUGUCAAUCAGUUGACUUCUUCCAUUUACCAGUAGCAAUAUCAUUUCCCCAUUUUCUGUUUGGUGAUCCACGAUAUAUCCAUGGUGUCGACGGUAUCAAUCCUAAUAUAGAGGAGCAUAACACAGUAAUAGAUUUAGAACCUUAUACGGGUUUGGUGCUACAAGCAGCUAAAAGACUCCAAAUAAAUAUGUACUUGGAACCUUUAGCAGAUGUUCCGGAGACGUUAAAAAUAAAGCCAGUAUUUUUACCAGUGUUUUGGUUAAAUGAGAGUGCUGCUAUUGAUGAUAAAAGUUCAAAGAAGUUUUUCCACCUGUUGUUUACCCCAUUACUCAUCAUACAUGUCACAGAGAUAGUCCUCAUUUCAGCAGGGGCCUUGGUGCUCAUUUCUACAGUUAUAUAUGGAGUUUGGAAAUAUAGAUUGUCCAAAAGUUUUAUAGCCCAUGGAGGAAGGUCAGAUACAGUCAAUGAUACUCAACCAAUAGUUAAUUAUGAUGAUGACAUCACUGCUGACGAGACCAAUCAAAAUGGACAUCCAGAUAUUGGCCAAUCAAAUCAAGUUACGUAAAGGAUAUUUCAGUCUAAGAUGGAAGUGUCUCAAAAAUUGACAAUGUUCUGUUGAC